UUCUGAGAAUAAAAUAGCAAUUGGAAUAGUUGGCCACGGCGUCGGGCUUACAGAAUGGAUGUUGUGGCUAUUAGAAUGACUGGUUGGCUGUCCGUGGCCCUACUGACCACCCUGUGUUGUACCGUCGUCCUCCAGACACAAGCGACGGUUACCCAACCGGUCCCGGAGUUAUGUGAAUGCGACUGUGUUUAUUACGAAAAGCUCAACAAAUGGCAGGAAAAGACCGAAAAGGAAAAAAAACGCAACAUCAGCACCGAAGAAAAAUUGGAGGAAGCAGAAACCGAACUGAAGAAUACCCAGAAGAAACUGUCAGUGAACACAUCCACGCUCUCGUCCACUGCCCGGAAGUUUGUUAGUGCUGAAGACAACCGCACUUCCGCUGUAGGUAUAGGUUACUUUGGCGCUGCGUUUCUUGGCAUCAUCUUCGCCAGCAUCGUUAUGUGUGACUUGAUUUCAAUCAAACGCCAUUGGCACAACGGAAAGACUGGUUCCUCUGUCAAGGUAGAGAAACGUCCCUAACAAAAGACAGAUCAGUGUAGCCGAUGACCGCGAAGUGUCUCGGAGGAUCCUUUGUGGGGGAAAGUGUCUGACAAGUUUCCAAAGUUGUUUGUGUGAUUAGGUAUUUGUUAAUUGUGAAAGGGCUCUUAGUGUUCCGUUCUGUUCUAUUUUGAUAUCAUAGUAGACAUUUUUCGAUCUCCAUAGAUUUAUUAAGAACAAAUAUAAAGCAAAAUAAUUCUAAAAUAUUUUUUAAAUAAAACUUGAUACAUUGUCUCUUCUUUACUGUUUACACAUUUUUCAAUACAAAUGUG